AUGAAGGUCUGCCUCGCAUUGACCGUGACCCUUGCCGCCGCUGCCCAGCUGCCCUUUCCUGCCACUUCGAGCGGCGACCGUCUGCUCACCUACAAUGAGACGACGCCGUCCUCUCGGCUGCGCCCGCGGACCACGCAGGUCACCUGGGUCGCCGCCGGCGGCAAAGACGGGCAGUACAUUUCCAGCAACGCGAAUGGCGAUCUUGUCCGCCAGGACAUUGUCACAGGCAACUCGACCGUCUUCCUGCAAAAGGGCCAGAUCCCAAGCGACAUGAGCAGCUACUGGAUCAGCGCCGAUGAUCGCACAGUCUUGUUUGCCGUCAAUGCCACGCAAGAGUACCGGUCCUCGUUCCUGGCUGACUACACCAUUCUCGACACGGCCACGGGCCAGUCUCGCCCCCUGCUCGAGGACCAGGCUGGUGACAUUCAGUUUGCCCAGUUCUCCCCCACGGGAGACUCGAUUGCCUUUAUCCGCGGCAACGACUUGUACCUCCGCGACGGCAAUGGCACCGUGCACCGCAUCACCACGGAUGGGGGCCCGGACCAGUUCAAUGGCGUACCCGACUGGGUGUACCAGGAGGAGGUGCUCGGCGCCGCCUCGGCGUUUUGGUACUCGCCCGACGGCCAAUUCAUCGCCUUUCUCAGCCUGAAUGAGACAGGGGUCGGCACCUUUACCAUUCCCUACUUUAUGGACAAUCAAAAGUUUGCGCCCGUGUAUCCGAAAGAGUUGGAGCUGCGAUACCCCAAAGUCGGCACGACGAAUCCCCGCGUGAGCCUGCACUUGCUGGACGUCAAGACAAAGAAGCAGCGAAAUAUUCCUAUUAACGCUUUCGGGGACGAGACCAUCAUUGGCGAGGUCGCAUGGGUCACCAAGACGCAUCAGAAAUUCGUCUAUCGUGCUUUCAACCGAGUGCAGGAUCUGGAAAAGCACAUUACCGUCGACACCACCACUGGCGAGUCCAAAGUUGUUCGUGAACGGGACGGCACAGAUGGCUGGUUUGAGAAUGAGCAAAAUAUUCGCUUUGCCGGGAGCUUAAAGGGCAGCUGCAACUCGACCUACUAUGUCGACACAUCAGACGAGUCCGGGUGGACGCAUCUCUACCUCUUUCCCGUCAACGGCGGCAAGCCCAUUCAGCUGACUUCUGGUGACUGGGAUGUUCGACGGAUUGUCAAAGUCGACACGCAGCGACGGCAAGUUGCCUUUUUGGCGUCCAAGCACCACAGCACCGAACUCCACCUCUACAGCGUGUCGUGGGAGACUUUGAAGACGACACCACUCGUCGAUGAUGCGCGCGCUGCGUAUUACGGUGCCUCUUUUUCCACUGGCGGCGGAUACUAUAUUCUCUCGUACCAAGGUCCUGAUAUUCCAUACCAGCAGCUCGUCUCCGCCAACAGCACCACGCCGCUGCGCACUCUUGAGAGCAACGAGGCGCACUACAAGACGACGCAGCAGUACAAGCUGCUGAACACGACUUGGUUCGAGCUGAAGCAUCCCGACGGCUUCUCCCUGAAUGUUCAACAGACACUGCCGGCCAACUUUGACGCUAGCAAAAAGUACCCAGUGCUGUUCAAGCCGUACGGAGGACCCAACUCGCAGUCUGUCACCAAGAGAUAUGUCGCCCUCGACUGGGCCGCCUAUAUCGGAUCCGAUCCCGAGCUCGAGUACAUCACCUACAUUGUGGACAACCGCGGCACGGCCGGCAAGGGCAGGAAGUUCCGCUCCUCCGUUGUCAAGCAGCUCGGAACUCUCGAGGCCGAGGACCAGAUUUGGGCCGCCCGCGAGCUCGUCUCCCGAUUUCCCUACAUUAAUGCCAACAAAUUCGGCAUGUGGGGAUGGUCUUUCGGCGGUUACCUCACGGCCAAGGUUGUCGAGGCGAACUCGGGCGCUUUCACCUUUGGCCUCAUCACGGCGCCCGUGACGGACUGGCGCCUGUACGACUCAGUAUACACGGAGCGGUACAUGAAGAAGCUUGAGGACAAUGAAGCAGGCUACAACCAAACGGCGGUACGCAACCCCGAUGGUUUCAGGAACAUUGCGGGCGGUGUCGCCAUUAUGCACGGUACGGGCGACGACAAUGUACACUACCAGAAUACGGCGGCGCUCGUCGACCUGCUCGUCGGGUCCAAGGUGUCGCCAGCCAAGCUCAAGGUGGUGCCAUUUACGGACAGCGCGCACGGCAUCAGCUACAACCAGGCGACCCCGUAUCUGUACAAGUUCCUGACGGCGCGGCUGUGGGAUGAGGUGCAGCGAAAGGACCAAGGGCUGGUGCACCAGUGGAGUAGACGAUGGGUGGUGUAG